AUUAAUUAUUACUAAACAUAAUAGCACACUUAAAACCCGGUUUGUUUCCUAAACGUUUUUUUUAGAUAAACAUAGUCACUUUCAGAAUUUUCAUAAAAAUUACACUCGACAAUAAAAGCGACGAUUAUGAUAUGAUUGAUCGCACAGUGUGAAUUCAAUGUUAGCCAUUUUGUUAAUUUAAACACUCGAAUCGACUCAUUUUGUAUUUUCUUCUUCAAAUCAAUCUCCGUGAACGGAGUUUCAGAGAUCAGCGAUGAUGAGGCUCUUCUUAGGGUUUCUGCUACUGUCUUUCGCACCUUUCUUCUCAAUUCAUGGAAGAUUCGUGGUGGAGAAGAACAGCUUGAGGGUAACAUCACCCGACCGAAUCAGGGGAACCCAUGACACUGCCAUUGGAAACUUUGGGAUACCUCAAUAUGGUGGCAGCAUGGCUGGAAAUGUUUUGUACCCAAAAGAUAAUCAAAAGGGCUGCAAGGAGUUUUCCGACGUUGGGAUUUCGUUCCAAUCCAAGCCCGGAGCUCUUCCCACCUUCGUUUUGCUGGAUCGUGGAGAUUGUUUCUUUGCUUUGAAGGUGUGGAAUGCCCAGAAGGCAGGAGCUUCUGCAGUUCUGGUAGCUGAUGACAAGGAGGAACCUCUAAUUACAAUGGAUUCUCCUGAAGAAGAUGGUUCAUCUGCCAAGUACAUUGAGAACAUCACCAUCCCAUCAGCACUCAUUGAUAAAAACUUUGGGGAAGUAUUAAAGAAAUCAAUCCAUUCUGGGGACAUGGUCAACGUGAAUCUUGAUUGGAGAGAAGCUGUUCCACACCCAGACGAUCGAGUGGAAUAUGAACUAUGGACCAACAGCAAUGAUGAAUGCGGAGUUAAGUGUGACAUGCUGAUGGAAUUUGUGAAAGAUUUUAAGGGUGCAGCUCAAAUUCUUGAGAAAGGUGGUUAUACUCAAUUCACGCCUCAUUACAUAACUUGGUACUGUCCUGAGGCAUUCACCUUGAGCAAACAGUGCAAGUCCCAGUGUAUUAAUCAUGGAAGAUACUGUGCUCCUGAUCCUGAGCAGGAUUUCACCACUGGUUAUGAAGGGAAAGAUGUGGUUUUGGAAAACCUGAGGCAGCUCUGUGUUUUUAAAGUGGCAAAUGAAACCAAAAAGCCUUGGGUCUGGUGGGACUAUGUGACAGAUUUCCAAAUUAGAUGUCCUAUGAAGGAGAAAAAGUAUAACAAGGAUUGUGCUGUUGCUGUCAUUCAAAAUCUUGGACUGGAUGUUAAAAGUGUUGACCAGUGCAUGGGAGACCCUUCUGCAGACUCAGAAAACCGUGUUCUGAAAGAAGAGCAAGAUGCUCAGGUUGGGAAAGGAUCAAGAGGUGACGUGACCAUAUUACCUACUCUUGUUGUCAAUAAUCGACAGUACAGAGGAAAGUUGGAGAAAAGUGCUGUUUUGAAGGCUAUCUGUUCCGGUUUCGAGGAAACAACUGAGCCAGCUGUUUGUUUGAGUCCUGAUGUGGAGACGAAUGAGUGCUUGGAUAACAAUGGUGGUUGCUGGCAUGAUAAAUCAGCCAAUCUCACUGCCUGCAAGGACACGUUUCGUGGGAGAGUAUGUGAGUGUCCCCUGGUUGAUGGGUUGAAGUUUAAAGGAGAUGGUUAUACCACCUGUGAAGCAAGUGGGCCUGGGAGGUGCAAGGUAAACAAUGGUGGUUGCUGGCAUGACGCUCGAAAUGGGCAUGCAUAUUCUGCUUGCACUGAUGAUGGAGAGGUCAAGUGUCAGUGUCCUCCUGGAUUUAGAGGCGACGGCAUCAAGAGUUGUGUGGAUAUUGAUGAAUGCAAAGAGAGAAAAGCCUGCCAAUGUUCUGAAUGCAGCUGCAAAAACACUUGGGGAAGCUAUGACUGCUCAUGUGGUGGGGACUUAUUGUAUAUGAGGGACCAUGACACCUGCAUAAGUAAAAGUGCCUCAGAGACACGCUCUUCUUGGACUGCUAUUUGGGUCAUUUUAAUAGGCUUGAGUAUGGCUGGUUUUGGGGCAUAUCUAGUGUACAAAUACAGAUUAAGGUCUUACAUGGAUUCAGAAAUCAGAGCGAUAAUGGCACAAUAUAUGCCGCUGGACAGCCAAGGAGAAGUUCCAAACCACGUCAACCAAAAUCACGCAUGAGAAAGAAUUCUCCUUUAUGAUGAAAAUCUGGAUGUGUAUCAUGAAUAGAAACAGCCUUUCUUCAUCUAGUCAGAAUUUGAUUCUCCGAGUGUCGCCGUAUAGAUGAGUGUAAUAUAUUUGGAUAAUAAAUUAAUGCAGAUUUCAACAUGCCCGUUGUUUAUUAGGACUAUAUUAUGCACUACAGCGAGAGUCAGAGGACGACAGUUGAAGGAAGGGAUUUGAUUUUGUGUGGUUUGAAGUGGAAGAUUUCAAAGGGUUAGGAAGUUAAGUAAUAUCCAGAAUUUCAUUUCUGUGGAACAUGUUUUCAUAUUUGAAUGCAGUUCUGUAAUUUACCCACUUUGUACUUUUAGGACAGCUUGAAUUUCUUGUUAUCGCUAUUGGUUAUUUUUUGUUUGUUGCUAGGAUCACAAUUGUUGUUGAUUGAGGGAGUUCUUUUCUUUAUUCUUAUCAAUCGUAAAUUAUGGAACCAGAUGCACAUUUAAGACUA